UUCCUGUCUCUGAAGCAAAGCUUGCUGUUUGUCCCUCGUUGCUUUCCGUCUGUACCGACUGUACUUCUUGUGCUAGAAAUGGCCGAAGCCCCUCCACGGCCCUGCCGGUAUUUUUGUCACCGGUGCUCAACAGAGAUUACUCCGCAUUUACCUGACUACACAUGCCCACGCUGUGAGUCUGGAUUUAUUGAGGAAUUGGCUGAUGAAAGAAGCACUGAAAAUGGGUCUGCCUCCACAUCUUCUGCCAGUGAGCAAAAUCGCUCCACUUUUGAGAACAUGGACCACCAUCAUUUAUUCACAUUCCCCUCUGGCUAUGGUCCGUUUGCUCUUGGGAUUUUUGAUGAAAACUUUGACCUUCGAACACGGCUAGCCACAGAGGACAACAGAGAGGCUGAAAGCAGGAGAGAAAGGGAAAUGGGAUCACGGCAGCGGUAUAGUGCAAGGCAACCACGGGGUCGACAUGUGCCUCGGCGGCAGGGCACACGCCAUGAAGGAGUGCCCACAUUAGAAGGGAUAAUCCAGCAGCUAGUCAAUGGAAUCAUUGCACCUACAGCCAUGCCCAACAUUGGUAUGGGAUCAUGGGGUAUGCUGCAUUCCAAUCCAAUGGACUAUGCUUGGGGUGCUAACGGUCUAGAUGCAAUCAUCACACAGUUAUUAAACCAGUUUGAAAACACCGGCCCACCUCCUGCUGACAGAGAAAGAAUCAAGAGUUUACCGACUAUUUCCAUCACACAAGAACACGUCAGUGCUUGUUUAGAGUGUCCUGUGUGCAAAGAAGACUACGGGGUUGAAGAGACUGUUAGGCAGCUACCAUGCAAUCAUUUGUUUCACAAUGAUUGUAUAGUCCCGUGGCUGGAGCAGCACGACACGUGUCCCGUAUGCAGGAAGAGUCUUAGUGGACAGAACACAGCCACAAAUCCUCCGGGAUUAUCAGGAAUGAACUUCUCACCAACUUCCUCUUCCUCCUCCUCCUCCUCCCCAAGCUCACCUAGUAACGAAAAUGCUGCCAGCAACUCUUAGACACCUCCCAGUCUACCACCACACACACACAUCUGCACACUGACACACACCUGAAAGCAUGGCACCCCUGCUGUGAUCCAGCAGUUUGUCUCCACAGCUGAGACCAGGACAGCUUUAUGUCUCAAUUUUUGGGGACAAAUUUGACAUUUAGUCGUCAUUCCUCCCCUCUGUGCUGAUCUCUUGUAGCUGUUGAUCCCGAGUGUGUGAGUGGUUUAGACUUAGUUUAAAGAAAACCCAGAAAGAAUGUGAAAUAAAAAUUGAAUUGUGACCAGACCUGAAGUAGAAAUUAAACCAGGUUUGCUUUGGGAUGAAAACCUACUCUUUCCACAAGGCUGGGACACAUUUUAUUUUAAAAGAAAAAAAAAACAAUGCCUGUGGUGGACUUUUAGAUGUUUAGAUAGGAAGUUUUCAUUUUAUCUUUCAACCGCAUACAUCGAGUGGAUCAAACAAUCUUCUAAAAACAAAGUUCAUGUAUCUGAUGUUUUUUUAAAUUUAUUUGCAUCUUUACUUUGCACAAAAUAGUUUUUGAUGUUGAGAGUGUGAAUUUUGGUAAACUACUGUACAAAAAUGAGCAGGAUAUUUUUAAAGUAAAACUUUGAGAAUGCUUUUUUUCUAUAGGUUUUUUCUUUUUCCUUCGAGUGGACUGAAUUGUAUUUGCUGUAUUUUGACAAGUAGAGUUUGUUGCAGUUUAGCAGUGGACACAUCUUUUUAUUCUUCUAAGGAAAUAAAAAAAAAUCACAGAAGUGUGUUCACUAAAGCACGUAUUGAACAGUGUAAAAGACUAAACAGGACUGAUGUAUGGGCUCAGUUUACCUCUAUGGAACUUGCCAAAUGAAUUUAACAAAUCAAGUGUUAUUUUAUUAGCUGAAUUCCUUUUGUACAGUCACAAUAAAGUGCUUAAAACAAUGAA